UACAAACAUAUCGCUUGACAAACUUGGACAGAUAAAUAUUCCAUAUCUCAAAGGAUAUCGGGAAAUUGAACAGCUCUACGCCCCUCUCGUAUACCUUGAAACUUUCCUCAAAUACAAUACGGAAGCAUCUUAUAUCGCGGCUCAUGCAUUGGCGAGUCAAGGGCAAAAAGCCGAUGGAGAAGAAACUGGAAAAGCAGAUAGUAUGGACGCGAUGGCGAAUGCGGAAAAGGCCGCCACCAAGGGACCCUCCUUCGUGCGCGCCACCACGACGGCAAAGCUACCCCAAGUGCAAAAAGAGGACUCGGAUGCCGAAAUCAAGGUAGCAGAGGGGAAUGAAGAAGAAAUACAAAUGUCUGAAGAGGAAUAG